AUGGUAUGUUCUUCCAACUAUGCUAUGAGGGUUGCGCUAAUUGGGGUCUAGGCAUUAGCUAGAGCUGUCUACUCCCGUAAGCCGGUUCUUAUAUUAGAUGACGUAUUAAGUGGGCUCGACAUGCCCACAGAAAGGUUUUUGUUCAAUGCCUUGUUUGGACCUGAUGGUCUUCUCCGUACCGCCCUACCUGACACCACUAUUGUGUUGGCAACACAUGCAGGUGAGUCACGUUAUCUGUAAAACUUGAAUAUCUUAGUUAAUGUAUAUCAGUCCAGCACCUCAAAUCUGCCGAUCACAUUAUCGUCAUGCUACCUAAUGGUGAUGGCUUGGACGAGGGUGACAGGGGAGAACUUUCCUCCCGAGGUCGUAUCUUACAAAGCCCUCAAGAGUUAAGCGAUCUAGAGGAAGAGGAAGUUCAAGAUGAAGGCGAUCAACCUGUGAUGGGGGAACAAUUGGAACAGCCAAUUAGCUCCAAUGAAGAAACCAAACCACAUGAAACGAACGCCCUUCAUUUCUAUCUAAAGUCCAUGGGAUUCUGGAACAUUGUUGCCUUUAUCGCCAUGGGCGUUGUCACCGUUGGUUUGUGGAAACUAUCUGGCAAGUCCUCUGUGUUGUGA